UGUGAGGAGGUCGAUGAAACAAGUUAAUGAAAGAUAAAGGUAUGGAAAUAUUGGAUCUGUUUUUAAUUUUUUUGCUUUUGUUUUUGGUUUUGAUGUAUUGUGUGUUUUGUUAUUUUUUUUCUUUUUUAUAUGUAUUGACUUGUAUUGUUUAAUUUCUUUUCUCUCUUUUUCCCCCUCACUUUUUUCUGUAAUUUUAAACUCUCAAUAAAUAUCAUUUUAAAAAAACAACAGAAUGUCGCCAGCAGGAUUCAUCUGUAGUUGUUGUUUUCAUGGAAUCCUAGAGUUGAAAGGGACCCCAAAGGUCAUCAAGUCCCACCCCCUGCAUUGCAGGAGUCUCAGCUAGAUCAUCCAAGACAGAUGGCCAUCCAGACUAGGCUUCUUUAUUUCUAUAUUGAUCACUGAAUAGGCUUCUAAGCAGUGGACAAAUGAGAACAAAUAGCAGCCAUGAACCCCUUGAAUUUGGCUCUAGGGCAUUGUGAGGGAACCUCCCCAGAACAACUCACGAGGAGAGGAGGACGUGGAUCCUUCCAUCGGGAAACUGGGAUGCUUGCGUAGGCAGAAUAACGUAAACAUAAGCUGGAGUACCACCUAUUUGCAAAAAGACGAAUACCCACAGUUAAAAUGCAGAAUAAAAGAAUUCAAUUAAAGCGUUAAAAUAGGUAUCCAGAAUUAAAAUGUGCAGCAAAGCAAUCCUAUUGAAAUAACACAGCAAUUAACAGGAAGGAAACAACAGAGCAUUGUGUAGCAGAUCAUAUUUCUGCUAUCUCAGAGGAGGACAUUUCCUUUUUCUUUUAGGGUCCAGUGUGCUUUGAAGAUGUCGCUGUUCGUUUCACGGAUGAGGAGUGGGCGUUGCUGGAUCCUGACCAAAGAGCUCUGCAUAAGGACGUAAUGGAGGAGAAUUGGGGGAUCGUGGCCUCUCUUGGUAAGCCUCCGUGUGGGAUCGUCCUAUCUGCCAGGAAAUUCAAAAAAUACCUCUAUGUGACAAACCUCAUAUAUUUUCACAGCGCCCCCUACAACACCUGGGAACCUAACACCCCCACAAGAAAUAGUAAACUACAGUUUUUUCUGUGAACAAUCUUCCUCCAGUUCUGCCUCCUUCUACCACAGUUGGGCUGAUCUGAACUGCCCAGGCAUCUUAACUGUCAGCUUCAGAAUUGUUAGGAAAGAUAAGUAGCUUCUGUCAGGUUUUCUGUUUUCGUUUUUGCUGCUGUCAGUCUUGGGUUGACCAGAGAGACGCCUCACAUUGGCGAUGGAGGGGAUGCCAUGACUGGGCCAAACAAAAGAGCCAGGCUGAAUGAAUCUCAGGUAGUACUAGCAGUAGUAGUAGUAGUAGUAAUAAUAAUAAUAAUUUAUCCCCUGCCCAUCUGACUGGGUUGCCCCAGCCACUCUGGGUAGCUUCCAACACAUAUAAACAUGAAACAUUAAUAAUAACCAUCUGAUCCCAUAUAAAAAGUACAUUAACUUUAAAAUGAACAACUUAUACUAGUGGCCAAAAUUGUGGAAGCCUAUUGGGAAAAGUGUAUUUCUGAGGUUUGAUGGCUCAUAACACCACUUUUAGGGAAUAAUACCAUAAAUUUCUAUAUCAAUGGAAAGAUUAUUUAAUGAAGAAUGUAAUGCAAUAACAUUUAUGAAGGAGUAUUUAUUAGAACAUCAGUCAUAAAGAAGAAAUGCGAAACACAUAGAAAAAAGGAGAUGUGCAGAAAUUCUCACCAUGUCAACUAAUACUUGGUUUGGUAACUUCAAUUACAACCUUGCAACGUCUUCCCAUGGAGUGAACCAAGUUUUUUUUAUUUCUGCAGCUGUAAUAAUGUGAAACCAAGAUUGAAUUAUUUAUAUUAAUUGCUGGGUUGCCAUACAACCCCAGAUCAUAACACUAACUGGGUGUUUCACAGUAGGUGUAAUACAUGUACAGUGGUACCUCUGUUUAAGAUGAUGAUGAUGAUGAUAGUUUAUUUAUACCCAGCCCAUCUGGCUGGGUAUCCCCAGCCACUCUGGUUUGCUUCCAACAAAAAUAUUAAAAUACAAUAAUCCAUCAAAUAUCAAAAGCUUCCCUAAACAGGGCUGCCUUCAGAUGUCUUCUAAAAGUGUGAUAGCUGUUUAUUUCCUUGACAUUGUAGCUUUCUUCGACUUUACCAGUCUAAAGUGGUGGGGUCUGCGUUGCUCCCGGGAGGGAGAAAGGAAGUCAAAUGACACCGAGGUUGAGUCAGAGAAAGAGUUUAUUCUGCUCUCUGGAUAGCAGAAGGCACUUGCGUGGUCAGUUCACAGCAAGUCCAAAGAAAUGAGAGAUACAUGCAGUAUAUAUAUCCUCCAGGCACCCUCUCCCCCCUUCCCCAGGAAUCCAGCCACGUCAGCUUAUACACGCACAUUGACAUCACAGAUGUUCCUGCUCCUGUACUCUUAACCAUAAAAGGGUGUUCCUGUUCCUGUACUCCUUAUCUUGGGGUAAGUAGGUCACCAACUCUAAGUGCACUCCUGGAGCCGUUCCCGGACUAGGUCUGUGCGUCAGAGUGUGGUCAGGAUGUAAGAUAAGACCCCGAUGUGCCAUCCCUGCUCCACUCGGAACUGACAAGGCCAUCCGUCAUUACCAGCCUUCAUGGACUAAUAAGGGAGAGCGCUUUGUUUAUACAGCUGGGUUCCUGUUAUGCAUUUGCUCAACAGCUCAAGUUAAAGCAUUUUAGAAAUGCUCCCUUGGAGAAGGAAAAAUGCGGAUUUUGGGGCCCGUUUCAGACUAACUGCCCAGUCAGCUUUUAGGUUUUGGAAACCCAUUCCUUCAACAUCUGAUUGGAGGGAAAUCAAUGGGGUGGGUUCCACUACCGAGAAGGCCCUCUGUCUGGUUCCCUGUAACUUGGCUUCUUGGAGUGAGGGAACUGCCAGGAGGCCCUCGUAGCUGGACCACAGUAUUCAGGCUCCUUCAGGUAUACUGGACCAAGGCUGUUUAGGGCUUUAAAGGUCAGCACCAACACUAUAAAUUGUGCUUGGAAAUGUCCUGGGAGCCAAUGUAGGUCUUCCAGGACCAGUGGUAUAUUGUCAGAUUUAGCACUUCUCUCACACAAGACAUGGAACGCUGGCAGUUUUACUAGUUGAGGUUUAUUUAGAAAUACAGUGGUACCUUAGGUUAAGAACUUAAUCCGUUCCGGAGGUGCAUUCUUAACCCAAAUCCGUUUUUAUCCUGAGACGCGCUUCGCUCGAAUCCCGGGGCAAAGUUCGCUACCAGGAGACCUACUUCCAGGUUAGCGGAGCUCGUUACCCGAAGCGUUCAUAAGGAGGACGGUACAUAACCCGAGUUUCCACUGUAGGAUAUAAAUCUUCUCCGAUUCUUCUCCUCACGUUUUCCAUGCCCUCACUACCAAGCAAGGAGAUUUGGGUCUCAUUGCUCCAAAUAACACUGUCCCAUUCUUCCGCUGUCCAGUUAACAUGGGUUGUAGCCCAGUUUAAUCUUUUCAACCUUUGCUUGAGAGAUAACAAUGGCUUUCCCCUUAGAAUUCUAGCAUUUAGACCAGUCCUUGCACUCAGCUUCACAUUACAUUGCGUCAUGUCAUCUUGUAUACACCCAGAUGAUUUUCUUCUGUCACGUAGGCACAGUCUCUUCAUUCUUCGAUCAUCACUUGCUGUUGUGCACCUUUUCUUGCCUUUACCAGCCUGAUUCUGCAGUGACUAAGUCUCCUUAUACCUCUUCAAAAAUAUAGGAAUGCCAGCUUUGCUUAUGUUUCCCAAAAUCUUUCUUCUAAUUUCUUCAUAAGUGUAGCCUUGUUCACUUAAUAGAAGAAGAAGAAGAAGAAGAAGAAGAAGAAGAAGAGGAGUUUGGAUUUGAUAUCCCACUUUAUUACUACCCUAAGGAGUCUCAAAGCGGCUAACGUUCUCCUUUCCCUUCCUCCCCCACAACAAACACUCUGUGAGGUGAGUGAGGCUGAGAGACUUCAGAGAAGUGUGACUAGCCCAAGGUCACCCAGCAGCUGCAGGCGGAGGAGCAGGGAAGUGAACCCGGUUCACCAGAUUACGAGUCCACCGCUCUUAACCACUACACCACAUUGGCUAUUUUACAUCGCUUUCUGCGUGAACAGUCAACUCUUUGUGCCAUUUCUUUAAUUUUAUUAUACUAUAGAAACUCACUAAAUGAAAAAACACAAAAACCAAUCAAUGAUAGCAAUCACAUAACACGCUGAGAAACGUUAACCAAAGAAAGUUGUACUUCCUUUUCUAGUUAUUUGGCUAUAGGUUUUGAUAGAAUACAGAUAAUUGAACAAACGUAGUUGCAUUACAUUCUUGAUUGAAUUAUCUUUCCCUUGAUACAUGAUUUUAUGAUAUUACUCCAAAAGAAGUGAUGUUAUAAGCCAUCAAACCUCUGAAAAAACUUUUUUUCCCAAAAGGCUUCGACAUUUUAGACCACUAAUGUAUAUCAAACCAAGCAACAUUCAACAACCCAUCAGAGUCUAAUAAUGAAUAUAUUGGUUAAUGACAAACAACAAAGGUAAUGAACAUCCUCCCCCAAUUCCCUUCAGUUCUUUUCCAUUUGUUCCUGAGGCUCAAACCCAUUUUUGUCUGCAUUGCAGAUUGUGAUGAAUUGGAAAUCGAGAACAAGGGUGACCACAACAAAAUCCUCAAAGAGGAGAAGCCAUGUAAAAAUUUGGAGCGUGGGGAGAGCUGCAGUCAGAGCUCCCAUUCCACUUCCUAUCAACAAAAUCUCAUUGGAAAGAACCCCUAUCAGUCCAUGGAGUGUGGAAAGAGCUUCAGGAACAGCUUCUCUUUGAGUUCCCAUCAAAGAAUUCAUACAGGGGAGAAGCCCUAUCAGUGUGUGGAAUGUGGAAAGAGCUUCAGUAAGAGCUCCAAUCUCACUAAGCAUCAGAGAAUUCAUACAGGGGAAAAACCCUAUCAGUGUUUGGAAUGUGGAAAGAGCUUCACUGAAAGCUACAAACUCACUUCCCAUCAGAGAAUUCAUACAGGAGAGAAACCCUAUCAGUGUGUGGAAUGUGGAAAGAGCUUCAGUUGGGGCUCCAAUCUCACUUCCCAUCAGAGAACUCAUACAGGAGAGAAACCCUAUCAGUGUGUGGAAUGUGGAAAGAGCUUCAGUAGGAGAACCGAUCUCACUUCCCAUCGAAGAAUUCAUACAGGGCAAAUACUCAAUCAGUGUGCAGAAUGUGGAAAGAGCUUCAGUAAGAGCUCCAAUCUCACUUCCCAUCAGAGAAUUCAUACAGGGGAGAAACCCUAUCAGUGCAUGGAAUGUGCAAAAAGCUUCAGGAGGAGCUCCGAUCUCACUUCCCAUCAGAGAAUUCAUACAGGGGAGAAACCCUAUCAGUGCCUGGAAUGUGGCAAGAGCUUCAGUUGGAGCACCGAUCUCACAUCCCAUCAAAGAAUUCAUACAGGGGAGAAACCCUAUCAGUGCCUGGAAUGUGGAAAGAGCUUCAGGAAGAGCUCCAAUCUCACUUUCCAUCAAAGAAUUCAUAGGGAGAAACCCUAUCAGUGUGUGGAAUGUGGAAAGAGCUUCAGUACCAGCUCCAGUCUCACUAUCCAUCAAAGAAUUCAUACAGGGGAGAAACCCUAGCAGUGCCUGGAAUGUGGAAAGAGCUUCAGGAAGAGCUCCGAUCUCACUUCCCAUCAAAGAAUUCAUACAGAGGUCAGAAAAACUAUUAUACAGCUUUAGGAGUCUGUCAAAUAGGCACCUUUUUAACCAGACCUUUGGCUGAUUGACAUCUAAUGCCUUUUAAAAUUUGGUGGGGAGCGGGGUUACAGAUGUGUAUCUUGUGUUUUUAUGUUGUAACCGUCCUGAGACCUGUAGGUGUAGGGAAUAGGCGCCAACUCUUAAAGGCCGAUGGGUCUUUGCCCCCCAAUAAAAUAUUUGAGGGGGGCACCCCCCAGUUGAUAGGCAUUGCCAUUCAAAUGACAUGCAUGCAUCACAUCAUGUGAUUUAUUAUGCGAGGAGAGGCUUACUAAACCCCUUCUAUAUUUUAUUCAAGUUGGCACCCCUGGUAUAGGGUGGUAUAGAAAUUAAUUAAAUGCAUAAAUAAAAUAAGACCAUCUUGGUCGCCUUCAUUUGCACAUGUUCCAGCUUGCCAAUAUCCUUCUUAUUAUCAUUUUUAAAAAUUAUGUGCCCAUCAUCUGAGGAUUUCAAGGUGGUCCACAACAUAAACAUACAGGAUGAAAGCAUGGCUUUCUCAAAAACAAGUAAAGCCAGAGAAAUCUCUCUUUCUUUUCUUUUUUUGGAUGGAGUUAGAAACUUUGUUAAUCAGGGGACUGCUGUUGGUAUUUUUGACUACGUGCCAUUCUGUGCAGCUUCACACAGAGUCAAUUAAGAGUUGGCUGAAGGCCAAGGAGACUGAGCAGAGGGGAGUAAUUCUGCCUGGAGAUAUGAAACCUUGGAUACAGCUUUACCAUUGGUUGAGAGUUCACACAGGCAUGAUGACUUAUGACCUUACUGACUGGAGUGUGUGUUGGUUGGUGUGGUGUUCUGAGAGAAAAGAGUCGUUUGGAGUUUGUUAAGAGAGAGCUAGUUAAGAUCUGUAUCUGUUCUUGUAUAUAGUAACUUGUAGAGUCUGCUGAAAAUAAUAAACACCUCUAAGUAACC